AACAGAACCUGCGUGACGUGCAGUUGGGCUCCUGAACGCCUGGCUACCCACCUGACAGCCGCGUAAUGUUGGAUUCCAGUAUCAGGCGAACGGAUAUAACGAGGCGUUGUGAUUUCUUCCUACUUUCUUUGAACCCAAGAUAAGAUACUUCGCUGACGGCUGCUGCAGAGGCAGAAUGAAGGGCGUAGAUCUGCUCGCGCUUCUGCAGAGAAUCCAGGGGAAAUAUCGUCAGAUUUCCGCUGCUCUUGCAGCGAACCUGAUCACUCUUGCCUACGGCGUCGUACCCGGAUGGUUGUCGCCCACACUUCCGCUGCUCCGGUCGACGGAGACCACGCUCGGCGACGUCGUGACACAGGAACAAGAGUCCUGGCUGGCUUCCCUUCCUUUCCUCGCCGCCUUCCUCUUUUCGCCCGCGUACAGUUACAUAAACCAGAGACUGGGACGGAAAGCGGCCGGGUACCUGAGCGCCGCGCCAGCCAUCGUCGGAUAUCUGCUCGUCGUCUUCGGCGACUCAACGACGCACUUGCUCAUUUCAAGAUUCGUUCUGGGCCUGUGCAUUGCCGGCGUCAACGUCUUCGUAACGAUGUACGUGAGCGAGAUAUCUGAGGACAGCGUCCGGGGUGCUCUCGGGAACUUCCGCGGGGUGGCGGCAGGCAUCGGCACCAUCUGCGUGUACGCCGUGGGCUCCCACCUCUCGAUCCAGCACACCGCAGUCGUGUGUGUGUCCUUCCCCAUUCUGUUCUUGUUCGCGUACGCCUGGUGCCCAGAGUCACCCAUGUUCCUGCUGGGAAAAGGGAGGAGGCAGGAAGCGUUCGACGCGUACGUGCGUCUCCGAGGCGACCCCAGUCUCGCCGAAGAAGCGAUGAGGAAGCUGGAGGCAGUUGUACACACAAAUGAAACGCACGACCACAACGGGUCUGUGUUAGGCCUGCUGUCUGUUCGCGGCACCAGGAGGGCACUCCUGAUAGCACUGACGCUUUCAGUGGCUCAGCAGUUCUCUGGCAUGAACGUCAUGUAUGGUUACUGUGCGUCAAUAUUUGAGAUAUCGAGAACUAAUAUCUCGCCACAAACAUCGUCCAUUAUAUUCGGGUUCGUGAAUUUGUCAGGUUCGCUGUUCUCGUGCUUUUCCUCAGAUCUCGCGGGUCGACGACCGAUUCUCAUCUGCACCCAGAUCGUCCAAGGGGUCUGUCUUCUCGGACUGGGCACAUACCUGUACUUGGAUCGAUUCGGUUUCGACGUUUCUGCGCUGGGAGUGAUUCCCAUCGCAUGCGUCUCGCUUUAUAGCUUCUGCGUUAUCGCCGGUCCAGCUGAUUUGCUGUUCGUGGUAAUGGCCGAGACGUUCAGACCCGAAGCCCGAGGUUUAGCCACAAGCGUCACGAACUGCACGCUUUGGAUGCUAGCCUUUCUGUCAACCAAGUUCUUCAACGUUCUAGUCGACCUGCUGGAAGUCUACGGUUGCUUCUGGUUGUUCGCUGCGGUUUCUUAUGCCGGGGCUUUGCUCACUUUCUUUCAGCUGCCAGAGACGAAAAACCGCAGUCUCGAAUCUAUUCUGCGGGAGCUGAACGGGGACCCUCCCGCUGAAGUGGAGAAGCCGCAUUUGGAAGAUUGGCGCUCCGACGAAUUCGCCUCAAAGACAAGGACGUCUGCCGGCUGAUGCCACUCCACUACUCACGUGUUUAAAGAACAGAACCGUCUCGUCUGCAAGGCAUUUUCGGUGUCACACGUGUCUCGAGUCAAAAGAAUUGUUCUAAUUUCCUUAAAAGUAUUUUUGGCGCAAGAAGACAAAAUUUGCCUGCGCAUUACGUUGCCGGUUUCGGCGUCGAAUUUUGCGGUUCUCGAGGGUAAUAAUAAUAAUAAUAAUAAUGUGAUAAACCACUUAUCUGCCCAUAAACCACGGUCAAGCCUCUACAUUCGGGCUCAUUACUCAGAACACUGAGGAAGAUAAUUCGAAAUUAAUUAUGUGCUACGUCACAGAUAAUAAAGCAGGCUGAGAUAUCGUGUGCGUUGAACUGAAAUCGCUGCGGGGAAAAAAACUGGCAACUGCGAUAAAUUUCCGGUUUCGUAUCAACGGGAAAUACUUCGGACAGUUGAAUAUCUACGGCGUGCGGGGGUUAACGAGCCGCCACUGCCACGAAUAUACGAAUCCUUGCAUCGGUCAACGGCUUCGUGGUCUGUAAAUGUCUGAGGUAGAACCAGCUUGACUGCGUUUCUUUGUGCUACGUCGUGGCCAACUCUAAAUUAAAUUUUCGGGUUAGGCGCACAGAUCGGGUCAGUCGAGAAUGACACAAGUUGACCCCGACAUCAGAUAAGCAGGGCGGCACGAUCGAAGGGAAGAAUCGGGUACUCCAGUACCCGGGUGAAGCGACGGGAUUUGGUUCUUACAUCCACAAAACGAGCUUUAAAAUGCUCGGAAUCCGCACAAGAAACCUGCGCUCCAAAGUAAUUACAAGGAAUUUUCUGAACAUCUCACGACUUCCGACUCAUUUGAGUGGAAUUUAUUAAUUAAGUGAAGUGGUGCAUGGGCCACGUCGUGUCUGCUAGUCGACCUGAACAUUGUUCUUCCCCUGUCAUUCGAUUCUGACAAGAACCCGAAACCGGUGCUGUUCACAUGUUCACACACAUUUAAAUCCUGCUGCCUCGACAUUUGAUUUAAGUUAAAAAAAAUUGAUUUCGUACUGAGCAUCCAAACACGCAUUCAAUUAUUGAAUUUCAAACACUGGUCAUGAUGGUCACAUUCAAUAUUCGAUACGUCUGUAACAACAAUCUGAUUAUCAAAUCUAAACCUUCUUGACGAUGGUCAAUUGAAUAAAAAUUUUCUUGGAUAGUAUCCAUCGUCUAAUAAAUAUAAAACGUAAAACGACGUUUCGGAGAUGGGACUCUAUCUCCGUCUUCAGGUUCCUACACAGUUGGCCCCACUAGAUAGAGCUAAUCCCGAUCUAUAUUUAUUAGACGAUGGAUACUAUCCAAGAAAAUUUUUAUUCAAUUGAACAAUCUGAUUCUUUGCCUCUUACAUGUUUCGGCAUCUUUGGGUCAUCUUCAUGCGAAUCAUAUAUUAAGUUAGUUUAUAAUAGGCCAUCUGCUUCAUUUACUAAAUUAAGCAUCAUACUUAUUAGUAUAAACGUUGUACAUGUGUGUAAAAUAUAAAUAUCCAUCCUUA